UUAUGUACAAGGGAAACGCAAAUUUUACCACUGAAACAUCACCACCCACUUAUUUUCAAUCUUCUUCUACUACUUGUUUCUUCGUUUGGGCAUUUUAUCAAACAGAUAGCGAGCAGCAGAAACUGCAAAGGGAGUCGAGCUAGAAGAAAGGGCAAUUUUGUAUAAGCAAUGGCCCUGCAAGUACCCACUAGAAUUCCAGCUAAUUUAGCCCCAAAUGGUGGCCUCAGACAGGCACCAAAUGGUUUAGCCCUAAAAUCUUCAUUUUUUUCUCCAUCAGUUCAUCUCUUGCUCCCUCCUCCAUCAUUCUCUAGAGCAUCUCCUGCUACUGCCCCGAAAAUCUCCAUGCGCGUUACCUCCAAGCAAGCCUUUAUUUGCCGGGAUUGCGGGUAUAUUUACAAUGACAAAACUCCUUUUGAGAAAUUACCUGACAAAUACUUCUGUCCAGUAUGUGGAGCUCCAAAAAGAAGAUUCAGGGCGUAUGAACCUAAAGUAACCAAAGAUGCUAAUUCCACUGAUGUUCGUAAGGCCCGGAAAGAACAGUUAAAGAGAGAUGAGGCUGUUGGGAACAUACUGCCUAUUGCUAUUGGAGUUGGAGUUGUUGCACUUGCUGCUUUAUACUUCUAUGUCAACAACACCUCCUAGAUUCAAGUGGACACAAUAACAAUGUCAUCAUCUUCUGUUUAACACAUCAAGGAGAUUGUUAAAUUUUGUGUUGGAGUUCUUCUAUGUAUAAUUGUUUAUUCUAUCCAUUCAUUCUAUAUAUUCCACUUCUAUAGUGAUGGAAAUAUGAAAUUGCUAAUUUGUCUUUGUUUAAACAAACUGUUGUAUGCAAAAGAAGACCUGAAAAGUAUUGAGUCUGAAUCAGUCUUUAAGUAUGCUAAA